CGGAGGCUGUGUGAGAGAGCAACAAAUUAUAUUAAACUAUCUAAAGCGAGAAUUUAGUAGUGCAAGUUGUACGAUCUAAUAUAACAGUGGAUAUUGUCGUAGUUUCUCAAUAUGAAGACUUGUUUGUUUUGGGUUUACGUCAUCAGCUUACAGGUCGCUGCGAUCAAAGUGCCAAUCGAAAAUUUAGACGAAAAUAUAUCGCAUUCUACACAACAUGAAAUUGUCGAACAACUAGAAAGCAAACCAAUAUAUUAUUUGAACGAUGAAAGUACUGCUGGUAGCUUUUUAGUACCACCUAAUGAGCAAAAUACCUUUGAUACCUUAAGCUCUGGAAUUGCAGCACCGGCUACUUUUUUAUUACCACCAAAUAAUGAAAAAGUUAUCGAAUAUUAUGCACCCACAGAAUCUAUUGAACAAACCGAUUGGUAUCCCAUUGCUCCUGAUAUGCCGCAAACAGUCUCCUACCCAAUCGGUGUACAUAAGCAAGAACCAAUGGAAUUCAAUGGUAACUACAGAAUUAGUAAAGUUUUGGAGAGAAAUAUAGUACCUGUACCCUCGAGGAUACUUUUGCCACCUGCAGAAGAUGCACCAAACUUCUAUUUUGUUGAUCCAUCGUUAGUAGAAUCUGAAGAAAAUGUAAACAAAACCAGAUCCAAUACUCAAGCUCAGGCGCCGCACAUUAAGUCAAAAGUUCGACAACACUCACAAAAACAAAAUACUCCUUUACUACACAGGAAUCCAACGGGACUUUAUCCUAAAAAGUUUGCUGGCGGCUUCAACCCUGUUCCCAUUCCUAUAGCACAAUACGCCGACGGAAGUUUGGCUGUAAUACCGAAAGCUAAGCCUGUUAAGCCGUUAAAACCAGUGCCAAGCGUAGACGGUGUGUAUUUAACGCCGGUAGAUAAUAAAAAGAUUUAUCUUUUCGAGCAAGAAGAACAAAAACGAAAACUGAAGCAGCUACACAAAGGUCACGAUAAGUUUAAUAAUAUGGCUGCACCGAUGUCGGAAACGCAUAACAACAAUUAUGAACGAGGGCGUCAACCUGCGCCGGAACAGGAAGCUUCGGAGACUACUCAUGAUCAACCUGAACCCAAUGUUCACGCUAAGCCGAAUGGCAAGGUGAGACAGGUGUAUGUUCCAGCUAAUAAAGGCGAAAGAACAGAGUUCAGGAUGCAUGGAAUGAAUGGACCACACAGUUACCAGUUUGGUUUUGACACCGGCAAAGGAAAAAACCGCCAGUUUCGUUUUGAGGAGCGCGACAACGAUGGCCACGUGAAAGGACACUACGGCUACGUGGAUAAGUACGGAAAGCUGCGAGUUGUGAACUAUGACGCCGACCCUCAGCUAGGCUUUAGAGCUGAAGCACCAGUUGUUCAAGAAUGAGUGUCAGGCAAAUUGCUUGCAUGACACUGGACUUACUGUUAAGUUUAAUUGUAGUUAAACAAAGAUUAAUUUAUUUAGAUUUAAGGCCUCUGAGCUAUUCGUGUGCCAAAAAAUUAGGUAUUUAAAAAUCUAGAUGCACCCCUACUUUAAAUAUGUUUUCUCGAUGUUAUGUCAUAUUUUUAAGACGGUCUCUUAUCACAUUACGUAGGUAGGUAUUUUUUAUAUAUUAUAAAAACAAUUUUCUUGGAAGAUUGCUCCACCCACGCUCACACAAAAAAACACAACAUUAUAGUACUAAAACACAACAUGCGACUGUGCUGUUGAACACGCCAAGCGUGUUUUUAAGCAUCUCAUCAAUGACCAUAAAUUCAUUAAUUACUAGACCAAAUGACAUUUAUUCUAAAAUUAACUUAACGUAAGCAUACCGUUUCAAUCUUUGUUUGCAACCUUAAUAUGUAAAUAGACAGUAGCUUAAAGCAUAUCAAAGAAAAUACUAAGGCUGAUCCAAAAUUAACAGUGAAUAUAAAAUAUGACAUUUCUACAUGUGAAUUUUAUUUGAUUUAUUUAUUAAUUAAAUGAUUUCUCUAAUUACCCAUUUUUAUUGGCCUAUAGAUUUGCAUUCCGUGCCAUCAAUAAAUUUAAAAAAGGUAAUUCUUCAACUGUUAUUGUAAAUAAGAUUAGGGGUGUGUUAUUUUGUGUCACGGAAUGUAUAUUAAUCAUUAUACUUAUUAAUAUUAAAAUAAAAACAUAGCUAAUCAAAAAAUAAAUUUUAUUU